UUAAAGAAUUAGCCGAGCCCAUAUGUGAAGCCCACAUGUAUAUAAGGUCAUUUUCUUAGUAAUAUCAGUAUAGCUUAAGUUUAGGGUUUUCUCACUUGGUAUCCUCGUCUCCUACCUCUCCACACUCCGCAGCCAUGGCAGAGCAGACCGAGAAGGCUUUUCUUAAGCAACCAAAGGUUUUUCUAAGCUCCAAGAAAUCUUCCAAGGGGAAGAGACCUGGAAAGGGAGGGAAUCGUUUCUGGAAGAGCGUUGGAUUGGGUUUCAAGACCCCCAGGGAAGCAAUUGAAGGAACUUACAUUGACAAGAAGUGCCCAUUUACCGGAACUGUCUCUGUCAGGGGGCGUAUUUUAGCUGGAACUUGCCACAGUGCUAAGAUGGUUAGGACCAUCAUUGUUCGGCGGAAUUAUCUUCAUUUUGUGAAGAAGUACCAAAGGUAUGAGAAGAGGCACUCAAAUAUCCCAGCUCACAUCUCACCCUGCUUCCGUGUGAAAGAAGGUGAUCAUGUGAUCAUUGGCCAGUGCAGGCCAUUGUCAAAGACUGUAAGGUUCAAUGUUCUGAAGGUGGUUCCUGCUGGUUCGUCAGGUGGCGGGAAGAAGGCUUUUACUGGAUUGUGAGCUUUAUUUCUGAUGUUAGUUUUGUGUUUUUUUCCCGUUUCCCCCACUACUUUCCAAGUAUAAUUAUGUUAUCAGGGGAAGUUUUGAAGUUGGAUUCUUUUAGAGGAUUGUUAUCUAAUUUUAUUUCAUGAUUUGAUAUAGAAAUCUUACUUUCUCUA